UAUUAUCAAAGAUAAGAUAUCUCGACUCGCUAAAGACGCGAGUACCAGGUGCGUUUUUAUUAACAGCAUCCGACAUGGUCGAAUACUUAACCGUGCUGACGAUAUUUUUACUCUUUAAUGUAAUAAAAACGACGGGCUGUGAAAAUUUAUGGUGUUAUGAGUGCAAUACUAAUUUAAAAAACGGCCAUCAAAGAGAGUGUAAUGAUCCUUACGUCCCAGGACAUUCUAUGGGUUUGGUAUUUUGUCCUAGAAAUGAAUCGUUUCAUUGUCUGAAAGGUAUCGUAAUGUAUAGGAACAUUCUGGUAACGGUAAGAGGAUGUGUACCCAGUCGAAAAAUUGAUCAUUAUUGUGAACAUGAACAAUAUUAUCCACACUCGAGCAUCGAAUGUUUCUUUUGCGAUGACUAUGCUUGUAAUAAUAAUCCAUCAAUGAAGCCUAACAGUAUCUAUAUUUUAGGAAUUGUUGUUCUAAUGGCGUUGAGUUUGUCAAAAAUGUUGAUACCGUCAAUAAUUUGACGAUUUAAAAAAAAGUUUGCAAUUUUUUUCUUUUUUAUGAUG